UGUCAUUCCUGUGGUCUUGGAUUUCCCAUCUCCAACAUAAUCUUCACACUAACGCAGAAAGAAAUGGAGCAAGGUUUCCCCAAAAACAUGUUCAAGAAGCUCUGUGUCUUCUGCGGCAGCAACUCCGGUAAUCGCCAAGUUUUCAGUGACGCCACCAUUGAACUGGCCAAUGAACUGGUUAAGAAGAACAUUGACUUGGUGUAUGGUGGGGGAAGUGUUGGGCUAAUGGGCUUAAUAUCCCAGAGAAUGUAUGAUGGAGGCUGCCAUGUUCUUGGGGUUAUUCCAAAAGCUCUCAUGCCCCUUGAGAUAUCCGGUAAACCAGUUGGUGAAGUGAGAAUUGUUUCAGAUAUGCAUGAGCGUAAAGCUGCAAUGGCUCAAGAAGCUGAUGCAUUUAUCGCUCUACCUGGAGGAUAUGGAACAAUGGAAGAGCUGUUGGAGAUGAUAACUUGGGCUCAACUUGGAAUUCAUAAAAAGCCUGUUGGUCUACUGAAUGUUGAUGGUUACUACGACUCGUUGCUUGCAUUGUUUGACAACGGUGUUAAAGAAGGCUUCAUUAAGCGUGGUGCUCGGGAUAUUCUCGUUGCGGCUUCAUCAGCCAAAGAACUUAUGAUGAAAUUGGAGCAAUAUUCUCCUUCCCAUGAACAUGUAGCCCCUCAUGAGAGCUGGAAGACAAGGCAAUUGGGUAAUUAUGCAGGACUGGAGAAUACAGAAUGAAUCUCUGAUUGGUUGAAGACCUUUCAAAAAGACGUUUUUUAUGCAAUUUUUCAUUACUUGAAAUGUAUACAAGGGCCAUGUGUUUUUUGUUACUGUGCAUUGAUUUUUUGAAGUUCUGGUAUA